AUGAAUGAAGCCAGAAAUAGGUUGCAUACGGUGCUGGACACACUUAAGCGGUCAAGUUUGUUGUUAAAUGUUGACAAUCCUACAAGAAAUGGGUGUGUUAGAAUGCACGAUAUCGUUCGAGAUGUGGCCAUUUGGAUUGCAUCACAUGAAGACCAACAUGGCUUUGUUGUAAAAGCUGGAAGUGGACUGGAGGAGUGGCCAAAUAUGGAGAACCUGAGAAAUUGCAAGCAACUUUCGCUAAUGCAAAAUGAAAUAAAUAAGUUCCCCGAACAGAUGGGUUAUUGCUCCCAACUUGGGACUAUAUCAUUACGGGAUAAUCGAUCUCUGAGUGAAAUCCCUGAUGGAUGUUUUGAGGGUAUGAAAUCACUCAAAGUUCUAGAUCUCCGAAACACAAAUAUUGUUUCAAUACCAUCGUCAUUCUCAUGGUUAACGGAGCAGCUUCGAGUGUUACAUCUAAAUGUGGUGGAGUUUUCUUUAGAUUUGUCAUUGGUUUGGAGUAUGAAGAAACUUGAAAUACUCGACCUAAGUGGCUCCAACAUAAGGAUUUUACCACAAGAAAUAGGAGGAUUGACAAAUCUAAAGUCCUUGGAUUUGUCAAGAAACUCUUGGUUGAUUAUUCCCCCAAAAGUCCUGUCCAGGUUAUCUCGCUUAGAAGAACUCCAUGUAUUGGAAAGCUUUGGUGAGUGGGAGGUCGAUGAAGGAUCAAAAAGAGAUGGUAGUAGUAAGGCUUGUUUGUCUAAGGUGGCAUCCUUGACUCGUUUGACAAGGGUUGAAUUAGUGGUAUCAAACAUAGAAUGCCUCAUGAGUUCCAACACCCCCAUCUCAUUGCAAUUGCAAUUGGGUGCACAAAACUUGACCCAUUUUUGUAUUUUGUGCUCAUUCAAUCCAAUGCAGGUGGAAUUUGCAAGAAGGGAAUAUGAUAUCCCCAUUGAAGGUAAUUAUGAAGCUACGAUGUUAUUUUUGGAAAUAAAAAUCCCUAAUAAACUUUCCAAUUGGGGUAAGGUGUUGUUGGGACGAACAGAGCGUGUAAUUCUUUAUGACUACCAUGGUCCAAAGUCCAUUUAUUCACAACUUAGUGGACAGGGGAGUGGUCUAAACAACUUGCGAUAUCUCAGAGUUAUAUCAUGCGAGGAUGUGGAGCAUAUUUUGAUUGUUGAUCAUCAUCAUCAUCAUCAUCAGGUAGAAGAAGGGGUUGUCCCGGCCCCUAUAAUCGCAUUCAACAGGUUGGAAGUAUUAUGGUUGGAUAACUUACAGAACUUGAGGAAAAUCUGUCAUGGACCUUUUCAAAAGGGAACCCUGGAGAACCUAAGGAUCCUAAGUAUUUGGGGUUGUCACAAUUUGAAGCACAUCUUUCAAAUGAGUAUGGCUCAGGGUCUCCCACAAUUAGAAGAAAUUGAAAUUGGUUAUUGCAAUGAUAUAGAGGAAAUAUUUAUGAAGAAUGAAGGCGGAGAAGACAAGGAGGAGAAGGGUAAGGUGGUGGCGGUGGUGGUGCUUCCUCGAUUAAGGAUUCUUUGA